AUGCUGUUAGCAGUAUCUUGUGAAAUUUGCCAUUAUGGAUUCACAGUGGCGGAAGAGGAAACCGAGGAUGGCAAGAGAGCAGAGGAUGACAAGGAAAACGUCGGAGAGAAACCAUUGUCUUUCCUCCUUGUUCUUGUUCUUGCUGUUGCUGCUGCUGCUGCUGCUGCUGAUACUAUCAAAGUUCACAACCUCGGCGUCCUAUCUCCAAAGCUAACCCAAGCGCCGCCGACGAUAAUCUCGCCGGUAAAGUGGGGAACACUGGAUGAAGGUGGUGCAAGGCCUUCCGAGAGCGAGGUUUUUGAAUUCUGUGGCCCUCGCCACCUCACUUGUGUCGAUUGGAGAAGACCACAACACAGACAAUCUGUUGCGGCUAGUUUAGUUAAAGGGGUGUAUGUUCUAGAAAGAGACUGCCAAAACAACCGAACAGGUGGCAAUGAACUAGCCCCAUGGUGGUGGGAGUUUUUCCAUUUCAAACCCGUAAAAACCCUUCGAGAUCAAGUCGAUUCCUCCGUCAUCGGAGUUAUUUUCGAGUACAAACAUGAUAAUAAUUAUUUCACCGGAAACCGAUUCAACUCGUCCGUGACAUCCGAAGAUCACACACCUCCAAAAUACGCGAUUGCAUUUCGAGGCACACUCAUCAAACGGAAAACUGAAAUUCGAGACUUGUAUUUAGAUGCAAAGAUAAUCCUAAACGAGUUGAAUUGCAGUUCCCGAUGCAAAAUCGCAUUCGAAGCAGUAGAGGGUUUAAUAAGGGGAAACAUUAAAGAAUUAUUAAACCCUAAUAAAGAUGUUUGGUUGAUUGGGCAUUCAUUAGGUGCGGCAAUAGCUUUACAAACAGGAAGAGAUAUGUUUAAAUUAGGGUAUAACUUACAAACUUACCUCUUUAACCCUCCUUUCGCCUCUUUCCCAAUCGGAAUACUCCCAACCCGAGUUUUGAAAAGUGGGACUCGUCUCGCUAAAAGCGUCGUAACAGCUGGUCUUUCUCUUGCUUUGAAACGAACAACAAAUGGCGAAGAUGACCCGUUUACUAUACUCCGUGAUUGGAUUCCAUGUUUGUUUGUCAACCCGAAAGACCCGAUUUGUUGCGAGUAUGUUGAGUACUUUGAGCAUAGAGAGAAGAUGGAAAGAAGGGGAAUGGGAAAGAUCGAAAGAAUUGCGACCAAGAAUUCGAUCGUCAGCUUGAUUUCGGGUGCAUUAGGGAAACAUAAUUGGGAAGCAUCUAGAGCUGGCAAUGGGUUGGGUUGGGUCGAAAUCAGGUCGACCCAUUUAUAAACGGGUUGAGAUUUUCCCAACCCAACCCGACCUGUUUAAUUAAACGGGUUGAGAUUUUCAACCCAACCCAACCCAACUAUAAACGGGUUGACCUGAAGUUGACCCGCUUAAUUUUUUCCCCACUUUUAAGUGUAAAUUGAUUUGACUAUAGAAUUGCGAGGUGAUUUUGUUAUGGCAUAUCUCAUAGCAAAAAGUAAUACUCCAAUAUGUAUUUGACAUGAAUCAAAACGUCAAAUAAUUAUUCAAUGUUGAAGAGAAAAUGAGAAAUAAAAUCUUUCAAAUCACAUUCUACAGAUCUAUAUUACAUACUUGCUUGAACUUAAACGGGUUAGGCGGGUUGUUUUCGGGUUGAAAAUUUCAACCUGACCCAACCCAUUUAAUUAAACGGGUUGGGUUGGGUUGACCCAUUUAAUUAAACGGGUUGAAAAUCUUGACCCAACCUUUUAUUAUUGGGUUG